GAGAAGACUAUAGGAAUUAGGAAAAAAGAGACUCAGAAUCUGGAACUCUCAGUCAAUCUUACCCCUCUCACCAUUCUUCUUCUUCUCUCUCUUUCUCUCUCCUCCGACAUUGUUGUUUUCGAGCUCCAAAAAUGGCGGCGAUUUGGAGAGCAAAGGUACCCCCAAACUCAGCGAAUCUCGAAGAAGCUCGUAAAAGAGUGUUCGACUUCUUCAAAUUGGCCUGCCGAGCACUUCCUACUGUCAUGGAUAUCUACAAUCUCGACGAUGUCGCCACCAUCUCUCAGCUUCGCUCCACCAUUGCUUCUCAGAUCCGAAAGAAUUCUCAUGUCAGAGAUCCUAAGGUAAUCGACAUGUUAAUCUUUAAAGGGAUGGAGGAACUUGAAAACAUUGUUGAACAUUCAAAGCAGCGUCAUCACAUGAUUGGUCAAUAUGUCGUGGGACACCACGGACUUGUUCAGGAAUUGGGUACCAAAGAGCAAGGUUUCUCCCCAUUCCUUAAGAAUUUCUACAAAAGUAACUACUUCUGAACCAUUUUCGUCGUUGCUCAUUGAAAAAUGCAUCCAGUUAUGGACAUUCCAAAUAAGAACAUUGUUGUAGUAAAAUUUGUUACUGCUGGGAAUAUGAAUUCUCUUUUUGGCUCUCCUUGUAUUAUGCAUUAGAUGCCUGAUCUCAGUUGCUUUUCUUCAAAUGAUCAUGGCAUCAAUAUUACCAGAAAGAAAAUGUAUUUUUUGCCAGUAUUUUCUUUUUACCCCUUGUUCUUUGAAACCUUGGAUUCUGGAUAAAAACCAAGCACCUACGGAGAACCAAAUAUCACAGUAGUGUAAGACAGAAGUUAGUGCGUGGUGGAAAUAAUUAUACCUCAUGAUUGACAGAGCAUUUUCA